AUGGAUCGCGUGCUCUCAGCACCAGAACCCCUGGCUCACUCCGUCCUCGUCGCCCUCUGCGACGACAACCACAUCCAGACCCUCGCCCUGCAAUACCUCACCGAGCUGCAGGACUACGCCGCCGCCCUUGACAGGGCCCCAAGCAAAAUGGGCGAUGCCAGUGGCGGCGAAGGAGGAGGAGGAGGCCCGGGCAGCUCGAAUCCGAAUCCUCUCAAAAGGAAGUCCAUCGCCCAGCCUCCGCAGCUAUGCAUCCAGUGCAAGAGGGCCUUCACACUGGGUGAUAACUCGCCCACGGCGUGUCUACACCACACAGGUGAGAUGGACAUCAACAGGGACAGCGAGGUGUGGGAUGACUGGGACGAGGAUGUCUACGGAAUGCACGACUCGCCCGAGAGCAAGGCGGAAUAUCCGGAAGGAUUCACGUGGUCCUGUUGUAAGGAGAACGGCACGAGGCCAGGAUGUACCAAGGGUUACCACCUCGCCAUCAGAAACAACCAGUUCAAGCGCUUCCGCAUGCUUGAGAGGGCCAUAACGAGUCCCGGAGUGGACAGGGUGUUCGAGGGCCGGCUUCUACGGCCAAACGAGUUCGUCAACGAGUCACUUGCGGAGGAUUCUUGGGAGGCGUCGAAUGCUCCUCGAGACUGGGCCGCCUACGACAUGGCUGACAACAGUGGUGCCUCGGAGGGGGACGAGAAUGAUCAGUGA